AUGACCAAAACUGAGGUUAAGCCUUUUGUGCAGAUUGCAAGAAAAGCAGGUCUCAUACUGAUUUCAUCUAAUAGAUACAAGCAUUCAAGUGCUCUCCUUCCCGGGCGAGUCCCGGAAGGGAACGCACCUCAGCCUGAAAUCCCGCACCAACCCCCCGGAAAACAGAUCGGCAAUCCUGAACGAGACCGAAAUCCCGCCCGCUCCUCCUCCGGCCCUGCCGGGUUCGCAUCACCCGCGCACAGCGGCCGCGAGCCGCACGCCGACAGCGGGGAGCGCCGCUCGGUCCCGGAGCCGUGUCACCAGCCGCGGCACCGGCCACCCGACCCACGCCCCGCUCCCGCCGCCCCCUCGGACGCCGGAGCCCAAACACAAAGCAGACCAGAAGGAAAAAUGCGCCUGUUACCGACUAUUAUCUCGCUAAUUAUCCGGAGCGCCGGUGCGCAGCCGCCGGCCCCGCCGGCAGCCGGGCCCGUGGCAGCCCCGCCGGACCGCUUCAGCACCCCCGCGACCCGGAUGGCCGCCGCACUCGCCCCCGCUGAGGCGGCGGGAGGCCCGGCGGGGCUCCGCAGCACCGCGCGGUCGGGGGGGCGCGCUCCUGGCGGCACAGAGCCCCGCAGCCCGCCCCGGCCCGCGGCCCCGCACUCACCGGCCCCGGCCUGCGGACGCCGCGGCGGCACCGCCCGCUCCGCGCACCGCCCGAGUGCGCGCCCGCGCUCACCCGCGGCCGGGCCGCCCGCCGCCGCCGCGCGCGCUCAUUCCGUAUGCGCCACGGCGCCUCCUGGUUGGACCGCGCCGGGUGGCGCGCGGGGCCGGGCUCCCGCGGAACGGGGUUACUACAGGUCACCGGCACCGGGGGGGUGGGGCCAGAGCCCCGGGCCAAUCGCCGGCGAGGGGCGGGGCCGCGUCAGCAGCGCGCCCCUCCGCGCCCCGGCCCCGCCGCGCCUGCGCGCCCGCCGAGCGGCCCCGGCGCCUCCGCGCUUGGCGCUGGCCCGGCCCGUGCCGGUCCCUCCGUCACGGAGCCCCCUAAAGGCCCCGGGCCCAACACGGAUGGCACUGGCCCACGAGGGUUCCCGCGGCCCCGGUACAGCGCGGGCGGGCUGUGCGCGUUAA